AUGGCGCUCUGGCGAGAAUUCGGCCUGCAAUUGCGCCGUGCGGUGCCCAAGGCUACUGCCGGAGAUGUGUGUCUUGCUCAAUCACGGAGAUACGUUAGCCACCAAACAGCGCCGUGGAGAACCGGAGGGGUCAGACACUCAAGUUGGUUGAACUCCAAGGCAAAGAAGAACCCUCGAGUCUCAUCACAGAGCUGGACAGCUAUCCAGCGGUCAUUUUCAGUGACUGUGCAAGCUGCUCAUGGCCACAUCACGCCGCCCAAGGCCGGUGAAGAGAUCAAUGUCACCUUCAUUGACAAGGAUGGCACCAAGGUCGCAUUGCAGGUAUCGGAGGGAGACAAUUUGCUAGAUAUCGCACAAGCCAACGACCUCGAAAUGGAAGGUGCUUGCGGUGGCUCAUGUGCAUGCUCAACGUGCCAUGUUAUUGUCGAAGACCCGGACAUGUUCGAUAAGAUGGAGGAGCCCUCGGAUGAUGAGAAUGACAUGCUGGACCUGGCAUUUGGCCUGACCGAGACAUCGCGCUUGGGCUGCCAGGUGAUCAUGAGCAAGGACUUGGACGGUAUCAUUGUGCGCUUGCCAUCCAUGACGCGAAAUCUUCAGGCGAGCGACUUUGAAUCGAAGUGA